AUGGCGAUCGACAAUGGGCUGAACCAAGACAAGACGAACGACGGCAGCUUCACCAAUAUGACAAUGAAGCUCAAGGUCCAGAAGUUGAGGUCACAAGUAGAUGUCAAGACACGUCAGCUUCUGCUCAAGAAGCCCGCCCGACCUCGCCUCCAAGAUGGUCAGGUUGCACCGCCCACGUCAAGGGAAUGGCUGCGCUGGUAA